AUGGGCAAUUGCGGGGUGGGCGGUGUAGAUGAUGAAGAAGUUCAGCUCCGAGGCUGCUGCAAGUCAGCGGACGGGGAGCUUGACAAGUGGAAAGCUCAGGCUUUGUCGGAGAGACCGGGCGAACAGGGCGAGAGGCUGGUGUCGUCCUUCCCAAGUGACUCGAGCGCUUGCAAGAAAGAGGCGCUUGCUCGACUGGUGAAAUCCUUCGCCCAUGGUCGGCAACUGGACGUUUCCUCCUUCAACGGCUCUGGCCAGUGCGAGGUGCGGUUUGAUGAGAAGCUUACUCAAAUGACGCUGGUACCAAUAACGGGGCAAGGCGAAUGGUCCGUUCCCCUCAUUUGCGUGAUCGAUGCCAAGGUGGAUUCCCCACCAGGCUUGGGGCGAUACUCUUUGAACGCUUCCGUGCGUCUGCGUGUGGGUCCCCAUUCCGGGCGCGGGCCCGACACCUUGCUGUUGCAGCUGGGCGUGGAGGAGGGCGAAGCGAUGUGUCUCCUGAUGCGAGCGGCGGCCCGGCAUCUGCAGAAGGAGGCGGCCUGGGAGAGGCAGCGAGCAAUGGACGACGAGAGCGUGGCGACCACCAUGAUUCGAACCGUGCCUAAACUUCAAGGCCCAUUGGCAGACCUACUGCUGAACCAGGUGAAGCGGCAGGUCAGCGACCUGUCGGGCAAGCAGUUUGAAGCUCACGCCGAGAUGGCGGCGGUGCUGCACACUCACAAGCUUCGGCGCACAGAGGCGCCGGUGAAGGAGUCCGGCGUGCGGCUCCUGGAUUUCCCGCAGGAUAUGGCGCCCUUCGUGUGCCAGUUCUUGCGCUCCGAGGAGGUCCUGGCACUACUGCCCGUGAGCCGGAGGGUGCACGCCAUGGCGAUGCAGCAGGAGGUUUGGCGCUUCUUCUGCCGACGUCGCUGGGGCAAGUCUGCGAACCUGCACUUGUUCGACCAUGCCAAGGACUGUUUACGUGACCAAAACGGGUGGUUCCCGCGGGAAUUCGGGCACAGCCGGUGCCUUCCCAGCUUCCAGGUGCGCCACGUCAAGCCUCACGACUUGCCGGGCCUCACCAUGGACAUGCGCAUGACCCAUGAGGACCUGGUGAUGGUGACUGAAGCUCCUAGCACAAGCCGCGGGAUGCGGAAGGCAAGAAUGCUGGUGCUGGAUCCCGCAGAUGCGAGUUACAAGGACCACGUCGAGGUGUCCGAGUCAACCAUCAACUGCUGUGACAUGGCACCCGGCAGAAUCUGCAUCGGCGGUGACGACUCGAAGGUUCGCCUCUUCCGGCGCAGUUCCGGGAGCUGCCACGGCAACGGCAACCAGAGCGGGUAUUGCCUUGCAGAGAGCAUUUCGUGCAAUGACACCGUGAACGACCUCCGGCUUGUCAGGGAGGACGCCGUGGUGGCGCUGAAAACCAUCCGGAACCGACAUCCCGCAGGAAUGGACUUGAUACACUUGGAGCGACCUGAUGCUCGCAGAUCAAUUGCUGGUGGGUGUUCAGAGUGCGGAGGCAAGUUUCUUCACGCCUUGGAUUGCUUCGAGCAGUCCUGCUCCCUGACAAACGUGGUUUGCACGGGCGAGCACCCUGUGACGAGUUGCUUCUCUGCCAUGCUCUUCGACUUUCGGCGCUCCCUUCCCUGCGUCCUGGAUGUGCCGGUGACAGAGAACAACUUGGGCACGAUGCUGUGGCCCUUGCGGACCGGCCGCUUCCCCCAGGUCUACGCGAAUCUUCUCCAUGAGGGAAGAUCCAGCCACGGGGAGAUCACCAUGGUCGACUUUCGAUUUCCCUCUCUGAAGCCUGCUAUGCACUGCAAGUUGCCAAGCCCGAUCGAGGACUUUCGUUGCUUGGAAGGCAGCAUUUACGCUGUUUGUGCCGAUACGAAUUUGGGGCGAUCGCGUCUCAGACUGCACAGGUUUAGUCCUGGAGCCUGCAUGACGGAGUGCCUUUGCACAGUCGCGGAGGCAUAUGAUGGCCGCGGGCGAACUUCCCGCGAGGACCUGAAAGUGUUCUCCGUCUGCCCAGGAGGAUUUGCCAUUGCUUAUGGCAACGAGCUGGCUCUGGGGAGCUUGCAGAGACCACAGCGCUGGAUGGUGUGA